AUGCCGAUGGUCAACUCAACGGCAGUCUUCAAGUUCAAGGGCAUCACCAUGUCGAUGAACGCGCUCGGCAUCGACGCGCGCGCGAUCUUGCUGCAGGAGCAACGCGUCGUGAACCCCGCGAAGCUCGCGGCGGCGCAGAGGGAGAUGCAGGAUUUCGGCGCAGUCGGCGGCGCGGCCGUCCUGGCGAAGGCGCCCAUCCUUGUGACGGCGCCGCCGCUGCUCGACUCGCCCACCCUGCAUGAGGGCCGCAUGCUGGCCGCGCACGUGCACAGGGGCGUCGUCGUCAACCGGGGGAUCUCGUGCACCCUGCUGCGCUACGUGGUGCAGCUCAACGCCGCGGGCUACGAGUGGGUCGUCGGCGGCGGCUUCGACAUGGCGCCGGGGCUGCUCGAGCCUCAGCGGGGCGAGGGGGCCAGCGGCAUCUGGGCGGCGCCCGGGCAGACCGCGCGCCGCCCGCAGCUGAACAGCUCGUCGACGAUCGACUACUUCUUCGUCUCGGGCAACUUGGGCCCGAGGGUCUUCGAGCCGACCGUGCACGGGCAAAGCGCCGCGGCGCCCCGCCAACCGGCGCAGCGUCGGUUCGCCGGGCAGGGCGCGAAAAAGCAUGGCGAGGAGGACUGGGCCAUGCCGUUGGCCAAGGCCCUGCAGGCGAAGGCGCGGGGCACCGCGCGGGACACCGCCGAGCAGGAGUUGCUGGGCCGCCGCGACAAGGCGGGAGGGCAGAGGCACAGGCACGUCGGCAGGUCAGGCGGCCUGGCGACGGCCCUGCGACCUGCCAAGCGGCGACCGCCUGCGCAUCGGGCGCGGCUCAGCCCGCUCGCUGGAGCCUGCCGUGUCGCGGCGAGGUGGGCGCGUCACUCGAUGGGCGCCUGUGCGUUCGUCGCCAAGUCGCUGCGCCAAUUGCAGGCAUCGGGCGCGGUGCGCGCGCUGUCGUCGAUGAAAUACUCCAAGCUGGCCUGCUCCCUGCUGGAGACCAAGAGCUACCUCGACCAGGUGGCGAGGCACCGCGAGAUCAUCGCGCAGCUGCCGCAGUGGGCGCAGGUUGCCGGCGACAUCGUGGAGCACGCUAGCACAGCGGCGGAGAAAGCGAUGGACGGCAAGCAGAAGGCGCGGGCGCGCUGUGCCCAGGACAGCUUCCUGAAGGGGGCUGGCCUGUCGCACAGGGCGACCAAGCCCCGCGCGCUGCAGCUGGCGCUGCCCAAGUGGACGGAGCGCGACAGGAUCGCCAGACCCGCCAACGCCUGCGACGAGGAGGUGGAGGAGUGGGCCAAUAUUUGGAGGUGCCACGAGCUGGAGCAGCUUCAGAGGCCGCACGACAUCGACCAGUGGGAGCCUCUCCCCACGCUCACGGUGGGCAUGCUGCAGGCUGCUGCGCUGUCCUUCCCGACCUCCGCGGCGAUCGGGCCCGCGCGCAUCGGCAUUCGGGCGCUGGUGCACUUGCGGUGGUCACGGACGAGGGCCACCGUCUCCAAAGCCUGGCUAUCCGCGCACCCCCGCGCCGACAUCUGGGGCAUGGGAGGGGGCGGGAGCUCGUCGGACACGGCCUUCGACCUCAACGUCGAGACGGAGAUCUCUGCGGAGCUCGGAGAGCACGCGCUCGCGGUGCUCAUGGGCGCGCGGGAUCUGGGCUUGCCGCUGCGCCUCGUCGGGGUGCUGUUGGAGCUCUAUCGGCAGCCGAGGGGGCUAUGCGCGUUCGGUUCGAUUUCGUGCGAUGUGGUCGCGUGGCAGGGGGUGCUGGCGGGCUGCACGCGCGCCUGCGCGAUGGUCUCGCUCCUGCUCCACAGGCUGCUGCAGCGCAUUCGAUGCCUCGGCGUGGUGCCCAGAGCGCUGAUCGACGAUGUCACCCUGCACAUGGCGGACUUCAUGGUGCCUGCCCUGGACACGCCGUGGGCUGCGGCCACCAGGUUCCGAGAGGGCGCCCUCGAGUUCGGCAUCAUCAGCCAGAGGGAGAAGUCUGGCCAUGUCACCCCGUCCGCGGCCGUCGCGCAGCGCUUUCGGCAGCACGGCGGGGCGCGAGGCCUCAAGGGCAGGCGCUGGGCCAGGAACCCGGGGCACGACCUUUGCGGCCGUCGCAGGGCGCGGCGCCAGACCGCCGAGAAGAUGAAGUGCGCCGCAUGCGGGGCGGAGUCGGGCACCCCUGGGCACUGGCUCUUCGGCUGCGAGACCCUCCUGGAGCCAGAGUUACUGGACGAGGAGAAGGGCGAGGUGCUCCCCGAGAGGCGCAACGUGGCCUGGGCCCUCAUGCGCGACCAGGGCCUCAAGAUGGGCGGUGGGCCGCAGGCGCGGGGCGACUUCGCGCUGUCGGCCUGCCCCCCAUGCAUGCCGCCGAGCGCGCCGCCUGAGGAGCGCACCGCGAAGGUGUACUACUGGGGCGACUGGAGCGCCGACCCUGGCGCGACGCACGAGGGCAACGCCGUCCUCUCGGACGGCUUGGGCCUGGCUUCGUCGAUCCCCGAGUCCGGCGCUGCGGCUGGGCAGCGGCGCAGGCGCGCCCUGCUGCAGGCGCUGCUGGCCCUCUCGCCGCAGCACGGCGGGCCUGCCGUCGACGUCGUCUUCGCGGACCUGCGGGGGUUCGCCGGGGAGGCGGCCUCCUGGGGCGCGGCGCUCGAGCAGGCAGGCGCGACGCAAGCCGCGGUCUGGCGGCGCCUGCGCGCGCGGCCGGCGCGGCCUGCGGCGCGCUGGACCCCCGCGCGCAUUGAGCUCGAGAAAUUCCAGGAGCGCGGGGUGCACCCCCUCCUCUUGAUGGGGAACACGCGGGCGGGGCUCUUCGCGAAGGAAGGGGCCAGGGCCCGCGCUGUCCCGCAGGGCUACGCGGAUUUCUACGGGGUCGAGAUCGAGUGCCGCAGGCUGGUCGCGGCCUACAUCGCGCGGGCCAUGCGGCGCGUGCUUGAGAUCCCGAGCUGGCAGGCGACGGACACGGCAGCGCGCCCCUGCAAGAGGCCCCCGAGCGCGCCGCCUGUAGCGGUGGCGCGGCACCAGCUGGCCCUCCUGCGCGGCGGCAGGGUCGCGCUGUGUCGGCGGCGCCGCAGAUCCACAGCGACCGCCCGAGGUCCGUCGCGGGCGCAGCGCCUGCUCUCUCCAUGCAGCGAGAGCCAGGUGGCGAAGCUCAUGGUGGACGCCGUCAACGAGCAUGUGGGGGCGACGUGGGCCCAGGUGUCAGAGGGCGGCCCGCUCGCCACGGCGGCGCUGGACGCGUCCCAGGGGCUGCUGGGCCCAGGCGACUUGGCCGAGACACCGCCGACGCUCUGGGCCCUGGGCGACACGGCGGUGGACGUUCAGGGCCACCGCUUGCGCAGGGCUGGCCCCGCCAUCCUCUGCCAGGUGCGCGUGGCCUGGUCGGGCAGCGGCGCGCCGAGAGCGCUGCUGGAGCCGCGCCGAGGCAUGCCCACGGGCGAGGGUCGUGAUGCGCGGACCUACCUGUCCAAUUCAGGGGCGGAGUUCGCCAGUCGGAGUAUGCUCCUCGUCGUGUUAGGCACAUGCGAGCCGAUCUUCGGGUGCGAGGUGCUGUGGGCGAUUGGCCGCGGCGCUGUCGGCUGGUGUCUGAUCGGCCGACGGUCGGCAUGCCCUGGCGGUGGCGCAGGCGGCGCGCUGGAGAGGAGCGCUGGGGGAGAGCUCCCAGUCCAGGUCGGCGAUUUCGGCGACCUGAUGCUCUCUGAGGCCGCCCGCCCGGGCAUCGCGAGCGUCUGUCGGGCCGACCUGAUGCCGCUCGGCCAGUGCCUGUGGCGCUACGUUCUCUCGUAUGACUCCGCCUGCAGCUCUGGGGGGCCGCCUCUUCCAUACUUGGAGUGCCAGGUCCUCGUGUGGACUCAGGCCGCUGCCGUCGGCGAAGUAAACCCCGCCUCUCCAUUGGAUCCUGCUGCGUUGGUCUCCUCGGCUGUGUCGACCAUGCUGAACUUGUGCGGUGGCUGGUCCUCCUCCGCGGGCUCCUCCGGUGCUAGUCUCGUUGUGCCCUUCUGCUGCUGUUUGAAAGAGUGGAACAACUUGACCUGGCCGGGCAUGGAUCCUGCUGCCGCUUGCCAGGCUGGUGGGGAGCUGCGCUGCUGUCCUGUCAAGGUGCUGGUGUUGAUAGACCCCGACUCCCUGCAGACGUUCUGGGUCGGGAUCUUCCUCUGGAACGGCCAUGGCUGCGCUGUCCUUGCCUGGCUGCGAGCCGCCCUGGCUCUCCUGUGGCAGGCGCACCGCGGCGAGGGUGCCGCCCACGCGUCGCCGCGGGGCGCUGGGCAGCGCCAAGGCAGCCUCCUCGCUGCCUGGAGCGCGGCGUCGAAGCGGAACACGGAUGGCGUCGCGGGCUCAUCGGCUCCGUGCUGGGGCGCCUGGACGUCGCACUCCUUCAUGAGCCACGUGGAGGCGUCGGACUCCGCCCGGGAGACGUGGGGCGUCCCGACGUCCCGUGCCCGCUUCGAGGUUCUGGAACCAGACUCCGGGGGCAGGGUGCUGGCCUACGGCGAGGCCCCCUUCGUGCACCUGGGCGACGGGCUGGGGCCGCUCGGCUCCAUCGUGGAGUCCGCGAAGGUCACGGUCGGCUCCCUCCCUUGGGCCGGCGUGCCCGGUCCCGCGCCGGACGAUGCCCCGCCGGGCUGGCAGCGCGCCCUGCGCGAGGACCGCGCCGCCCGCGGAGAGGGCGCCGCUCCCGCAAGUGCCGCUGGCGACGACGCCGAAGCGACGCCAGCGCUGCCCUGGUUCGUGCCAGAGGAGCUGGAGCUCGUCAGCCUCAGCGGGUGCCUGCCGGUGUCCGGGACCUCGUUCCGCGCUGCCGGCAGAGGUCCCGCAGCCGACGGCGCCGGGCGCCUGCUGACGUACACGGCCCGCCUGCGACCCCGCAGGGGGCGCGUGCUGCCCGCGCGGAGGCCGUCGGGAGGCUCCGGGGUCGUGCCGCGGGUGGGCGGCCCGUGGAUCCCGCUCUUCGGGCUGGAGUUGGCCGACGUCGACGUGGAGGUGGAUCUGCCGGUCGCCGCGUGA